AGAUUUUUUAAUGAGAUAAUUGGGUAAUCAUGCAUAAUUUAUUAUUUUCAAUACCUUUUUUGUUUAAGAAAGAAAGAUUUUGGAAUGUUCAAAGAGUAAAAUGGCGUCACUUUGACUCGUGCUGUGUUUUGCAAGCGAGGGAAACCAAUGCAUGUACACAAGCACGCCCAUGUCACGGCAAGGGGUGCGGGGUUUAAUCUCAUAAACAUUCAAAUCAGCCAUCUAGCAAUUAGUGUCAAUUGAAGUUUCUUGAGUAUGGAGUGCUUUCUCUCGCCUCUUUUCCUACUUUUGUGUUUUUUCACAAUUGUAAAGUCGCAAGGCCAAGAGGACUUCUCAAGAGAUGCCGUCUUCACAGUGACUAAAGAUGAAUACCUGGGCCUCCUUGUCUUCAAGACCGUGACCGCCUCUCGUCCUUUCGACUGCAACCUUUACUGCCUGGCCGAACCUGACUGUCAAUCAACCAACUACCAUCCACCAACGCGCAUGUGCGAGCUGUGUAACCACACCUUCGCCUCCAGGCCUGGCUGUAAAAUCCCCAAACCAGGCUACAUCCACUUCGACUCUAACAAGAGAUCACCCCAUUCCCACCGCUGCAGUAAUGUGACGUGCAAGAAUGGUGGUACGUGCAACAACACAUGCUCAGCAGAUCUGUCGUGCAUUUGUCAACCCAAUACUACCGGCAUGCUCUGCGAGCAGUUCACAGGGGACGUUGCUCCUUCCUCAUGCAAGGAAGUUCAUGACAGAGGACUAAAAAAAGACGCAGCAUACAUUCUGAACAUGGAGGACAGAAGCGUAGAGAUAUAUUGCCAUCUGACAGUGAUUGACGGCUGCGGCGAUGGGGGAUGGACGCUGGCCAUAAAAGCCGACGGUGCAAAGACCACGUUCCUCUACGAGUCUUCCCUCUGGACCAACAAGCUCGCCUACAACCCCUCGGCCGGUCUGACGGGCUUCGAUAACCAAGAGACCAAGCUCCCCAGCUACUGGGCCAUGCCCUUCACCAAGAUCUGCAUCGGAUUCAAGGUCGGGGACACCCUUAAGUCCAUGACGAUCCCCUACACAGCUACGUCACUCUAUGACGUCAUCGCUGACGGCACCUACAGAGGUACCACCCAGAUAGGGAAGACCGCUUGGAGGUCACUGGUCGCGGGCUCGUCUAUGCAGACAAACUGUAAUCAAGAAGGGUUUAACGUUGGUGGUAGACUGCGCGUAGGAUUUGCUAGUAACGAACAAAUCCACUGUAAAAGUGUUGAUAGCAUGGUGGGUAUCGGGGGAUACUCUCGGAAUAAAAAUAGUGCUGGUAAUAGCUGUAUGUAUGCCUGUGACAAUGGUGACAUUAAUAUUGCAGCUAUAGGGUAUCUUUUCCUUCAGUGAAACCUGCUACCUCAACUAUGGUUCAUGACUAGGAGCCGAUGCUCAGAUUUUGUAGAGUUUUGUUCCCCGCCCCACUGCUAAGUAUAAGGAUUUUAGCAGGAUUUCACAAAUGGGUUAGGUGUCCUACGCAGCCCUUCUGUCCUAUGUAACGCAAUGCCUUUGAGCCCAGUUACUGAGCUCAAGCACAAUGCGUUACAGAGAACAGAACCACUUCGUAGGAGAUUAAUUUCAAGAUCAGGCAAAAUGACAUCAAUGUUUAUCUACGUAAAAUGUGCAUGAAUAAUGAUAACUUUAUUCCAAUAAAUACCAAUACAGGUAUAUUAGGAUAAUAUACAAAAUAGGUUGGCUUAUAUGCCUAUCCUCUAUUCAUAAUAUUUAAUUACAUCAUCACAAAAUUUCAGGACUAGGCUCGUAAUGGAGUCAUCUGUUAAGCUAAUAAUAUACAAAAAAAGGUCUUUUGGCCUUAA